GGGCGCGCCCGGCCGUUCGGUCCCCAGCCGCGUUCUCUGCCGCUUCCCUCUUCUCUCCCCGCCUCCCGGCCUGCGCGCGGACGCGGCCGGGGCGGGAGCCGAGCCGGAGUCGAGCCGGAGCCCGAGCCGCAGAGACGUGGAAACAUGGAGGCCUGAGCCGGCGUGCGCCACUCCGGCUGCGGCGGCGACAGCGGCUUCUUCCGAUCCCUCUCUGCCACCCUCUCCUGUGUCGCCGGAGCUGGAAGCGGAUCUGCCCGCCGGCUGAGACAGAUUGUCUUGCGGAAAUGAAGGCUUAAGGACAAGUUAUCUACCAGAUUGGAAGAUGGGAUCAAACAGCAGCAGAAUCGGUGAUCUUCCUAAAAAUGAGUACUUAAAAAAGUUAUCGGGCACAGAAUCCAUCUCUGAGAAUGACCCGUUCUGGAAUCAGCUCCUCUCGUUUUCUUUCCCUGCACCAACCAGCAGCACCGAGCUGAAGCUCUUGGAGGAAGCAACUGUUUCAGUCUGCAGGUCUUUAGUUGUAAACAAUCCUCGAACAGGAAACCUUGGUGCGCUAAUUAAGGUCUUCCUUUCUAGAACCAAAGAACUAAAACUUUCGGCAGAAUGUCAGAACCACAUCUUCAUUUGGCAGACACACAACGCUUUGUUUAUUAUUUGCUGUCUGCUGAAAGUGUUCAUCUGUGAGAUGUCAGAGGAGGAAUUGCAACUUCAUUUCACGUACGAAGAAAAAUCUCCUGGCAGUUACAGUUCUGACGCUGAAGAUCUUUUGGAAGAAUUGCUCUGUUGUUUGAUGCAGUUAAUCACUGAUAUUCCACUCUUAGAUAUUACAUAUGAAAUCUCAGUAGAAGCUGUAUCGACAAUGGUGGUUUUCCUUUCUUGCCAACUCUUCCACAAGGAGGUUUUGCGACAGAGCAUCAGUCACAAGUAUUUGAUGCGAGGUCGAUGUCUUCCAUACACCAGCAAACUUGUGAAAACCCUAUUGUAUAACUUUAUCAGACAAGAGAAGCCGCCCCCUCCAGGAGCACACGUUCUCCCACAGCAAUCCGAUGGGGGCGGACUGCUGUAUGGACUGGCAUCCGGAGUAGCAACUGGCCUCUGGACGGUCUUCACACUGGGCGGUGUGGGCAGCAAAGCAGCUGCCACUCCAGAACUUUCUUCUCCUCUGGCCAACCAGAGUCUCCUGCUUCUGCUGGUGCUGGCCAACCUGACCGACGCUGCAGAUACACCAAACCCCUACAGACAGGCCAUUAUGUCCUUUAAGAAUACGCAAGAUAGCAGUCCUUUCCCCUCGUCAAUUCCACACGCUUUCCAGAUUAACUUCAACAGUUUGUACACAGCUCUGUGUGAACAGCAGACGUCCGACCAAGCAACUCUCCUCUUGUACACAUUGCUGCAUCAGAAUAGUAACGUUAGAACAUACAUGUUGGCUCGCACAGACGUGGAAAAUCUUGUUUUACCAAUUCUUGAGAUUCUGUAUCAUGUUGAAGAAAGAAAUUCACACCAUGUGUACAUGGCCCUUAUAAUAUUACUGAUCCUUACAGAAGAUGAUGGCUUUAAUAGAUCCAUUCACGAAGUGAUAUUAAAAAAUAUCACUUGGUAUUCAGAACGGGUUUUAACUGAAAUUUCACUGGGGAGUCUCCUGAUACUGGUCGUAAUAAGAACCAUCCAGUACAACAUGACAAGGACAAGAGACAAGUACCUUCACACCAACUGUCUGGCCGCCUUGGCAAACAUGUCGGCACAAUUUCGUUCCCUCCACCAGUACGCUGCCCAGAGGAUCAUCAGUUAUACCUGCCGCCACUUGCGGAGAUAUGUUUAUGUGUUGGACAAACUGUAUUUCCCCCACUAUCACUGUUCUACGCUUCAGCAUUGCUUCUCGACCCUCAGUGACAAUGGAGAGGAACUCUUGUCUUUAACUUGCUCUCACAUUCUCAGAUCCUAUGCUUCCAGUUUGUUUUCCUUGCUAUCUAAAAAACACAACAAAGUUCUGGAACAAGCCACACAGUCCUUGAGAGGUUCACUGAGUUCCAAUGAUGUUCCUCUACCAGAUUACGCACAAGACCUAAAUGUCAUUGAAGAAGUGAUUCGAAUGAUGUUAGAGAUCAUCAAUUCCUGCCUGACAAAUUCUCUUCACCACAAUCCAAACUUGGUGUACGCACUGCUUUACAAGCGAGAUCUCUUUGAACAGUUUCGAACUCAUCCUUCAUUUCAGGAUAUAAUGCAAAAUAUCGAUCUGGUGAUCACCUUCUUCAGCUCAAGGUUGCUGCAAGCGGGAGCUGAGCUCUCCGUGGAACGGGUCCUGGAAAUCAUCAAGCAGGGGGCCGUCGCACUGCCCAAAGACAGGCUGAAGCUCUCAAGACUUCUAAGACACACUAGAGGAGCACAUAUUUUUGAGAAUGUCUAUUUAAAUCUCCAACCAUGUUGGCUCUCUGUAGCGAGACAGGUAAAUUUGAGAGGGGAUCAAAUUAAAUGCAGCUUGCGCACGGCUUGUUAUACAGAGGCUGCAUUCACAUUCAAUCAGGUUGACUGAAUAGUGUUUCCAAAA